GGCGCAUUCGCUUAGAACCGACGAAAUCUCCGACGCGUUUCCGACAUGAAUGUACGAGCAAGUGUGUUAACGACCGUCUUGGUCGUAAUUGCUACUGCUGCCGUCCACGCAUCACCUGUAGGCGACUGUCCGCCAGUAGAUCCAGUGGAUCACACAGACCAUCUACCAGACAGCCAAAACUGUUCACUUUUCUACAAAUGUGAUCACGCAGCUCCUGUACUGUUUGUAUGUCCUGAUGGGUUGCACUUCAACCCCACAUUGGAAGUCUGUGACUGGCCAGAUAAUGCAGGUUGCACAGGUGGAUCAGCACCAACUUCGGCUCCCAGCUCCACUGCUGCACCUACAAGUGCUGCCACUACAUCUGCUCCAACAUCAGCACCAAGCUCAACAGCUAAUCCUGCUCCAUCAGGAGACUGCCCAGCUGUCGGUACAUGUCCACAAAAUGAAGAUGAGAAUUCUAUUGCUAAGCACCUUCCUCAUGCCUCAAACUGCAGUCAGUUCUGCAAAUGUGACCAUGGUAAACCCGUGACAUUCGACUGUCCUGCUGGACUUCACUUCAAUCCUACUCUGGAGGUAUGUGACUGGCCAGAAAAUGCAGGUUGCGCAGGUGGAUCAGCACCAACUUCGGCUCCCAGCUCCACUGCUGCACCUACAAGUGCUGCCACUACAGCUGCUCCAACAUCAGCACCAAGCUCCACAGCUAAACCUGCUCCAUCAGGAGACUGCCCAGCUGUCGGCACAUGCCCACAAAAUGAAGAUGAGAAUUCUAUUGCUAAGCACCUUCCUCAUGCCUCAAACUGCAGUCAGUUCUGCAAAUGUGACCAUGGUAAACCCGUGACAUUCGACUGUCCUGCUGGACUUCACUUCAAUCCUACUCUGGAGGUAUGUGACUGGCCAGAAAAUGCAGGUUGCGCAGGUGGAUCAGCACCAACUUCGGCUCCCAGCUCCACUGCUGCACCUACAAGUGCUGCCACUACAUCUUCUCCAACAUCAGCACCAAGCUCAACAGCUAAACCUGCUCCAUCAGGAGACUGCCCAGCUGUCGGCACAUGUCCACAAAAUGAAGAUGAGAAUUCUAUUGCUAAGCACCUUCCUCAUGCCUCAAACUGCAGUCAGUUCUGCAAAUGUGACCAUGGUAAACCCGUGACAUUCGACUGUCCUGCUGGACUUCACUUCAAUCCUACUCUGGAGGUAUGUGACUGGCCAGAAAAUGCAGGUUGUGCAGGUGGAUCAGCACCAACAUCAGCUCCCAGCUCCACAGCUGCUCCCACAAGCGCUGCCACUACACCUGCUCCAACAGCUGCACCAAGUUCAACUGCCAAACCAACAGUGGCUCCCUCAGGAGACUGCCCAGCUGUCGGCUCGUGCCCACAAAAUGAAGAUGAGAACUCUAUUGCUAAGCAUCUUCCCCAUGCAUCCGACUGCACCAAGUUCUGCAAAUGUGACCAUGGGAAACCUGUCACAUUCGACUGUCCUGCUGGACUUCACUUCAACCCUACUCUGGAAGUGUGUGACUGGCCAUACCGUGCUGGAUGUGCAAGUAAAUCAGGAUCAACUGCAGCCUCUAGCUCAUCUACAGCUUGAUCAACAAGGACUGCCACUACAGGGUGUACAACUUCAGCUGCACUUUAACUGCUGCACCUAGGAGCUCCAUCAUAUCAGACUCUUGUAAGACAGUUGGAUCACGUCUUGUGUAUGAUCAUGUCUCUAUUGUUAAGUGUCUUGCAUACAGAACCAACUGCGGUGUAUAUUGUAGACGAUUGAGUAAUAACUAAGAAUGUCUUGGUUGACUUCAUUACAGUUUAAAAUUGCAAGUGUGUGACUGUCCUUGUGCUGCUUGUCAAUCGGUGAAAAGUGCAUAUAUAUGUGAACUGUGUAUUACUUAGGAAUUUUCCAUGCGCUUAUAAUUAUGUAAUGUACAUAUUUGUUUGAUUACUCACAAUAAAGUCAUACGUUUAAUGCUGUGAAACUCA